AUGUUGGUUCUGACAUUCCACGUGCUGUCAAUUCUGCUCCUCCUGUACUCGCUCACCGAUGCAUCCAUUCCAAAGGCUCUUGCAGAUCAUUUCAACUCGCAGAAGGGUGGGCGCAAUCAGUUCCUCACCAUCAUCGGUGUUCAAUUGACCAUUUUCACUCUUCUUCUAGGUAUUCUCAAGUACAAGAGAGCACAUAACUUCUUUUAUCCCAUUGCACUUGCAACCGAAUUUACAAUAUCCAUCACGUUCUGGUUCUUUUACUUCACAAAUCCUGCGAGUUUGAUGCGCCCGAUACCUGAGGUGGAUGCGCUGUUGCCGUUCUACAUGGAUGUCGUGUACCAUGCUCUGCCGCUUGCUGCGCUCAUCAUCGAGGCAUUCUAUAUUGACUUGACAGCAUUUCAGCUGUCUCCGUGUACAUUCGCAAUGGUUCCCAUCUCGUAUUACAUCUGGGCAGCAUAUCUGUCCAAGUCUAACGGUGUAUGGCCCUAUCCCAUGCUAGAUAAUAUGAGUUCAUCGGUAAGAAUGGUUUACUUCCUCUUUUACACGUUGAUAGGUAUCACAGCAUCGCACAUUUUUAUCUCGAUCGUGCGUAGGAUACGCGGGCACCGUGAUAACGAUAAACACGAUGAUUCAAGGCCAACCGAACAGGCUGCGCCAGACACGGGAAGAGAAGACUUGGACAACGAGCAGAGACAGAUACGGCAAGCUGCACUUGGUGCAAGGCAAGAAAAUGAGGGCAGCGAGAACGGGAAAUAG